AUGAGCUGCUUUGGCUGGUUGAGGCGGGGGCGCCGGCAACCCGCAAGGAAGCGUCUCCCCCCAGCAGACUUGGAACAGCAGGAAGAAGAACCAAACGAAGAUGUCGUGAUGCUGUACCCCCUUUAUGACCCCAGACGGGUCGAGCCGGAUCGCGCUGAGCCCCCGCUGCUGGAGCAGCGGGAACGCCAGCAGGGAGCAUCAGCAUCAGGAGAAGCAGCAUUUGCUUCAAGCUUCAGCAAGCAGCUCACCGAUAUUCCUAUGGAACUCCGCAGCAGAGAAAUACUGAUGGUACCCCACAGCGAAGACGAAGACAGCUCGGCCAUUGACGAGCAGGAAGAACGAGAAGCAGCAGCAGCAGAAGCAGCAGCAGCAGCCGCAGCAGGCCCCCUUCAACCUCUUGAGGGAGACAACAGCCCAUUGUCACUGGACUCGCUUGAUAUGACACCCCAAACGCCAGCUACACCCCAAACACGGCUGCCUAGCAAGCAACAACAAGUGCAGCAGCAACCGAAGAGGCAGCAGGAGCAACUGCCGCCGCCGCCGUCGUCGCCGCCGCCGCCACAGCAGGAGCAGCAGCGGCAGGAAGGGUAUAGACAGGCUCCUCCGAGUGCCGUGUCGCAGCCACCGCAGCCGCCUCCGAGUAUGAAGCCAACUUCACCAAAGAGCGGCUCGGUGAGUGUCAGCAGCCGCAGCAGCAGCCGCAGCAGCCGCAGCAGCCCAAGUAGCCGCAGCAGCCGCAGCAGCCGCAGCAGCCGCAGUAGCAGCGGCAGCAGCAGAAUGAGCAGCACGAGCAGGGAGGAGGAGGCUGUGGAUAUAAUGAGUCUGCCUACAGCGCCUACGACCCCUCGGGGUGUCAAGACACUGCAGCGCAGCAAGCAGCCACGGCUGCUGCUGCUGCAGCCCCACAUCAGUCCUCACCCUGCAACAACACGCAUGCAGCGCGAGGCCCGCCGCUACGUGCUGCGGUGUCAGCAGCUGCAGCAAGCCAUCGAUUUAUAUGCAGCAAGCGGAGGUAUCCGUGCAUUCAAGGUGCCGCCUCAUGACACAGAAGGCUGCAACAGCUGCAGAUUCACAGACUUCACAGAUGUACCACUCCUCUGGUAA